CUCCCUACAACCCUAACGCCUAGAAGGUUCUAUCAUCCUCCAGAUCUUUAACCCCCAGGCCAAUAAACCAUCCAUCAUCAUUUUGUUUCUCCUUUAAUAAUACAAUCAAUCCUAUCCUCAUUUCUCUUGCAUCAGAGGAAAACCCUAAGAUUUUUGGAGUACGCUCAAAUUAACCCUCAAAUGGCUAAGCGUUUGAUUCCAACCCUUAACAGAGUUCUUGUUGAGAAAAUCCUUCCUCCUUCCAAAACCAACGCUGGCAUUCUCCUCCCUGAGAAAUCCACCAAGUUUAGUUCAGGGAUAGUGGUGGCCGUUGGCCCAGGAGCAAUAGACAAGCAAGGGAAAACGAUCCCAAUUCCUUUUAAAGAAGGUGACACUGUCCUUUUGCCUGAGUUUGGUGGUACCCAAGUCAAGCUUGGCGAGAAAGAGUUUCACUUGUAUAGAGAUGAGGACAUUUUGGGCACUCUCCAUGAGUGAUUGUUUCCAAACCCCAAAUGACUGAGGGUUAAGGUUGUGUUUGGGUGUUUUAAUUAAGUUGGAUGGAAUUGAUUAAUCAUUGGAACUGGAAUUAUUAUGCAAUUGAAAUUUGCUAAUGGAACUGAUAAGGACUUUGUUGUCAUCUGCUUUCUUUCUUUCGGAUGUUUACUUGAUUUUGAUGUUGAGAAAGGAACCGAUUUAACUAUUAAACAUUAUUAUUAUCA